AACACGACAUUUGAAAUGCAUUUUAUUGUUAGUGCUUCUGUAGAAACCUAUAAUACAGAGGAGAAAACACAAACAACAACAACAACAACAACAACAAAAAACCCGCACUCUGUCUUACAUGGCCUGUGCAAUUACAAGGGACGAGGCAGCUUGAAGUGGAACAAUGUUCACCUAACAACAAGGAGCAUCAUCCUCCAACCUUCCGAUGGCAUUUUUAGCCACUUUUAAUUCUUCUGUGUCUCUUUUGGAAAGGUGCAAGUGGUACACAUUAAGAAGGACAUUCAUUAUGAAGGGAGGGGACAGGGGUUCCACCUGCUCUCCCCAAUGGGAGUCUUAAGAACACCUGCAGGAAGCCAGCUGCAGACACUCGGGGACACUGGGAGGUUUCUCCUGUCUCCACCCGCUGAAGUUCGCUCUUAUCUCCACGCAGAAGAAGAACCGCGGCGCUCGCAGAUCUGGUCCAAGAGUUCCGGUGCUUCUGGGGAGUAGCGGAGGCCAGGCGGACGGCAGCGGAGCUGGGGACCCGGGGGCGAGCGCGCAGAGCCUUUCCAGGCGAAGCAGCGCGCACCGCCCGGGCGGCGCCCAGCAUGGAGUGGGAGCUGAAUCUGCUGCUCUACCUGGCGCUCUUCUUCUUCCUGCUCUUCCUCCUGUUCCUUCUGCUCUUCGUGGUCAUCAAGCAGCUGAAGAACUCGGUGGCCAACACGGCCGGGACGCUGCAACCCGGGCGACUGUCACUGCACCGGGAGCCGUGGGGUUUCAAUAACGAGCAAGCGGUGUGACCCAGGGCUCAGCUGGUCUCAGCUCCGCGGGGAUCCAGAUCUAUGUCAUUUGGACCCAGGCUGGUGCCCAUGACUGGUGGCACCCAGGACCAAACUCCAAUCACAACCGGGGAACCCCGCAAAGCUGGACAGUGGGCAGUGAAAAUCUCCCUGAGAAAGAAAGCCAGAAGCUUUGGGCCCACAGCCUGCACAGCAGCCGAGGAGUGAAUGUGUGAACACAGCACUGCUGACUCAGCGCCUGGAACCCCUUGGGCUGCCCAAGCACAGCCGGUAAAAAUAGGCUAGGAUCAUCCCGUCCAACUCCAGAUGUCUCAGCAAUCCUUCCAGACUUCCAGACCCACCCCGAUCUGGGGCCUUCAGCCAGCCUUCCCAGAAGCCUCAGCAAGUCUCUAACCCUAGCUUCAUCUCAGCCGAAGGAAUUUCUGACAUACAUUCGUGGCAGAUGAUUUCUUAUUUAGUUUAUUUUUUCUACUGAUUAAUAAAAUGGGCAUGGUGAUAAUGGCUGUAACCCUAACAUUUCGGAGGUGAUGGAAGAAAUAUCAGGGGUUCAAGGGCAGCCUGAGAUAUAUGAGACCUUGUCUCAAGAAACAUCAAGCCCCACCAACCAAAGAGAUUCAUAAUAAUCUAUUAUAAACUUUAGGUGAGAACUCUACAUGUCACAAUGACCGUGUUGAAUGUUACAGAUGACUUGUCCUGAAUUAGUAUGUUGGUAUGUAUGUUAAUAUACUUGUCACUAAUUAUUCUAUGACUUUAUGAAAUAAUUUUUUAUCAUAUUCAUUUAUUUUUAUUUGUGUGUGUAUAUGUGUGUGUGUAUUUGUGCCUGUGAGUGCGUGUGUGCACAUGUGUCAUGUGUGUACUUAUUGUUGUUUGUCUAGUGUGCUAGGGCUUACACUAGACAGGGGACCAAACUGUUAGACCCCUCACCUCACCUAUCCCAGAUUCAACAAGAAACACAGAUGGUAAGUUCAAGAUUAAAAACUGAAGUGUGGCCGGGCGUGGUAGCGCACGCCUUCAAUAGCAGCACUCAGGAGGCAGCUAGUUCCAGGACAACCUCCACAGAGAAAUCCUGUCUUAAAAAACCAAAACCAACCAAACAAACAAACAAACAAAAACCCAAAGUGUGAAUACAUGUUCAUUACCAUUCCUUCCAAGAUGAUAAAAAGUGAUAGUAAAGAUGUUUUACAUAAUUAACAAGGCACAGUCAUCAGGAUAGGUAUGAAACAUGUGGAAUUCUGGAAACGAAGAGGUGGAUUAGGAUUAGUUGUAGAACCAAUGUUAGGAGGCAGACAAAGUUGAAACCACAGUUGGAAGCAGGAAGGCUGAUGGUCUGAGACGAGGAGCUCAGAAAUAGUUUAGAGAUGUGAGUAGGGAUUUAUUGCAUGUCUGUAAAAGAAGCGAAUUAGCAGCUGAGCUUUUACAUUCCAGGGGGGAGGACGGCAGAGCCCCCCAGGGAAAGCUGCCUGGAAGCAAUCAGAAGAAUCUAACACAGCAAAACUACUCAGCUCACUCUCAGGGGUGGGUCCCAGCCUCUUUAUCUGUUGCCUGUCUGUUUCUUUUGAGACAGGGUCUUGUCUUGCUGACCCUGAACUUCACCUGUCUUGUGAGAGCAGAUGUGACAGGCAGCUACUGCCUCACAUGGCUUUUACUGUAAGUGUGAGCAGACAGGUAUGAGUCAUUAGACAUGCUGAAUGGAUAGCUUGAUGGACGCAAACAAAAAAAAUAAAUAAAUACAGAAAAGCAGCAGCUGGGCUUGGAGCAGAAAAACAUCUUACGAACACACGAACACCUAUAGUUAAAUAAACAGAAUGUUUCAGAAGGGCUUAGAGGAUAAAAUUAAGCAAAUCAUCUAGGAAGUCAAUUUAAAAAUUAAGAAAUAGAAAAAGGAAAAUAUUAGGAUUCAAGAAGCCCAAAACUGACUGACACGAGUUCCAGAAAAAGAGCAUAAAAAGGUAAGAUGUUUUCAGAGAAAUAUUCAAAAGUUGUUCCUGGAUGCUGUAUGAAACUUUUGAAUCGUGUAGCUAAGGAAAAGACUCUGAAGUCUCAGAGACUAAGGAGAUCAAGAACUGAGGCAGUCUAGACUUCUUACCACCUCCCCUUACCACCCAGAGGGAAAAUGACUUCAAGCUUAGUGUUCUAGUAAGCAAGAAGAUUUCAAAGACGCAAGUUCAAAACAUUGACCAUCCUGGCUGGAGAGAUGGCUCAGAGGUUUAGAGCAUUGGCUGCUCUUCCAGAGGUCCUGAGUUCAAUUCCCAGCACCGACAUAUUGG